AUCUCACCCAACAGUUUGCGGAAACUUAAAAUCAACUUGGGUUUGGAGACGUCAACCUCUUCCGCAGCAGCACAAUCCGUUCAGCUCCUGGCAAAACAGACUGAAACGAUGAAAUUAACUGUCAAGCCCGACCAUGAAGUGGAAAAUGCUCAUUCUCAGAAUCCCGGAGAACCUUCUGAAAUGAUAUCCUCUUCAAUAACUGCCGCGUCAUUCCAGGAACAGGAGCCAACGCAAUCAGACAACAUAUCAAUGACCACAGCCGAUGGUCAACAGGAAAUAUCUUUUUCUACUGGAGAAACCAGCGACAGGCUAGCAAGCGAAAUACGAAAAAAAUGCAACGUCGUAGAAAAAGUUAAUGGAAUUGAAGUCUGUCAACUGCCUUUAAAUGUUUUGCCCAUUUUUCCUGGUGCUUCUUCCGUCAUUAAGCGAUUCUCCUUCGGUGACCCUGACCCAAAAAUGACCAGCACAUGGAAAACUAUCCUGCUGAUGGGAGAAACGGGAUCGGGAAAAACGACCAUGAUCAACGCCAUAAUUAAUUUUGUGUUGGGUGUCGAAUGGGACGACACGUUUCGGUUCAAGCUCGUCGACGAAAAGAUUAAAAAAAAUCAGGCACACAGCCAAACCCAAGACGUUACAGCCUACGAUAUUCACUACCAAAAUGGAUUCCGGAAUCCUUACUCGCUGACUAUCGUCGACACUCCGGGGUUUGGAGACACUCGCGGGAUUGAGCGCGAUAAGGAAAUCACUUCAAUCAUCGAUCAAUUCUUCAAGGAUAAAAAUGGCAUUCAGGAAUUGAAUGCGGUUGGCUUUGUCGUGCAAUCCUCAUCGAGUCGUCUCACCAAAUCCCAAGAGUACAUUUUCAACUCGGUGGUGGAAAUUUUCGGCAAAGAUGUGAAAGAAAAUAUUCGUUUUCUGGUCACGUUUUCCGACGGAAACCCACCCCUCGUCUUGGAGGCCAUCAAAGAGGCCAAACUUCCCUGUCUCACGGAUUCGAACGGGACCCCGUGCCAUCAGAACUUCAACAACGGCUCCAUCUACAAAUCGCAGCAAUCGGAAGGAAUGUCUCAAACUCAAUGGGAAAAUGGAAUGAUGAACUUUGCAUCAUUUUUUCAAGAGCUCUCCGAUAUGCCAACCAAAUCACUUAACAUGACCAAACAAGUCCUGGAAACGAGAAAAUAUCUCGAAACCAAACUGCAAUUCAUGCAGAGGAACAUCAAAUCGAAAACGAUGAAGAUGACAGAACUGCGUCAGACGGAGCAAAUGAUCGCACUCCAUAAAGAUCAAAUGGACGCCAAUAUGAGCUUUGAGAUCACAGUUCCCAAAAUCACACACGUGAGGCUGCCUACAAAAGAACACAUUUUUCAUCUCAAUUGUACGAUUUGCCAAACAACGUGUCACGCUCAUUGCAACCCAAAGUUGUGGACGGGUUUGUGCCCGGUAUUUUGGCGGAUACAAAAUGUGAUACAACUGAUUCAGGAUGCAGCACUCAUCAGUUCAAAUGUGGUGGCGGCAAUCAAAGGUGCAUCACCUAGUGCUUUCAUUCAGGCAUUCGCUGCAGCCAAAAACGUAAUAGAUAAAGAAUCGAGCAUAGGCAAAUGCAAUUUAUGCCCUGGCAAAUGCCCCGUCAGUGCCCAUCAACACGAAAACGCCAAAUGGGACGACAUCCAGGUAGAGGAGACACGGACUGUCCAAGACAUUAACAAAAAGUACGAGGAAGCGAUGGGGAAAAUGUUGAACGUAGAAGGAUUGAAAAACGCACUACAAAAUGAAAUUGAAACAAUCAACAUUGAGAUCACAAAGGCUAUGGAAGAUGUCGACAAAUGCAACAACUUAUUGCGAGAGAUUGCGCUCUACGGAAACUCGACCUUCACCCCAGAGUACGUUCAAAAGCUGAUCGAAUAUGCAUCAUAAAAAAAUGAGGCAAUUCUAUAGGUUUAAAGUGAUGAGCGGAAAUGUUAAACUGCGUCUAUUAAGCUUUUUAAAUAUGAUAAUACCAGCCUUGCAAUAACUAGGGGAAUACACGGUGCUAAUAUCUGA